AUGCAGCCUAUUGCUGGAUAUGGAGUAGCUAGAGUUUUGGAAUCUGGUCAUCCAAAUUUCCAGAAAGGCGACUUGGUUUGGGGCAUCACUGGAUGGGAGGAGUAUAGUCUAAUAACUGUGCCAGAGACUUGCUUUAAGAUUGAACACACCGAUGUUCCUCUGUCUUACUAUACCGGCCUUUUGGGUAUGCCAGGCAUGACGGCUUAUGCCGGGUUUUUUGAGGUAUGCUCUCCUAAGAAAGGAGAGACUGUUUUCUUAUCGGCAGCAUCGGGAGCCGUUGGUCAGCUUGUUGGCCAGUUUGCAAAGUUGUUGGGUUGUUAUGUUGUUGGCAGCGCUGGUAGCAAAGAGAAGGUUGAUUUACUGAAGAACAAGUUUGGUUUUGAUAAUGCUUUCAACUACAAGGAGGAACCGGAUCUGGAUGCAGCACUGAAAAGAUGCUUCCCUAAAGGUAUCGAUAUCUACUUUGAAAAUGUCGGCGGAAAGAUGCUUGAUGCAGUGCUGCUCAACAUGAAACUUAAUGGCCGAAUUGCGAUUUGUGGAAUGAUCUCACAGUACAACCUCGAGCAGCCUGAAGGUGUACACAACUUGAUGAGCCUUAUCAUGAAGCGGGCUCGAAUGGAAGGUUUCAUAGUGUCCGAUUAUUAUCAUCUCUACCCGAAGUUCCUGGAGACGGUAUUGCCUCAGAUCAAAGAGGGGAAGAUUGUGUACGUGGAAGACAUCGCCGAAGGGCUCGAGAAUGGUCCGGCUGCUCUUGUUGGGCUGUUCUCUGGUCGCAAUGUCGGGAAACAAGUGGUCGUGGUUUCUCGCGAAUGAGUCAGCUUUCUGUUCUUCUUCAUCGGCAUAGUCUCUUUUUGCCUCAUGCUUUGGAAAGGAGUUGUUUUCCUUUUGUCUUUGCCCUGCCGUUCUGUCAUACGGGAACAUAGAGGUGGUUUCUUGGUUUGGUGAUGGUGCAAGGGACAUUUGAGUGUAAAUGUGUCUCUGAGAUGUCGAUGUAAAUGCGUCUUUAUGUACCCUGUCAUCGGCUAUAAAUAAAACUGUUUUGAAAUACCAAA